AUGGCGGAAUCUCAGUUUCAGUUGGAGAGCUCCUCGCGUCUGUAUCACGUCUAUAAAACCUCCUUCCAGAGGCACUAUGAUAUCAAGUCUGAUGAUCAGCCCCUCUGCCACGGGGAAGUCUCCUUGUUCACUCCCAACAAGCCCGACCUCAUCCUUCACGCUGGAGCCAACAAUCAAGCACCGGUUGUAGCGGUCUGCAAAUUUCUCAAGCUCUCCGGCAGUUACAAACUGGGCCUCGGGGACCCUGACGACCUUCACAAUGUCCAAUGGGAGGAUAUGACCCGGGAAAACACCCUUGGCUCCAAGUACCGAUUCGAGAUGACCCUGCCUUCUUUGGGCGAUGGCCCGGGCGAGCGACGCUCUUUCUGGUGGAAACGAACCCGUACCGUCGCAGUGGACGGUGCGGCGCCCCCUAAGUGGUGGAGUGACCGCAACUACAAACUGGUGGAUGAGCAGACCGAGCAGGUCCUGGCGGUCUUCACAAGUGAAAGAACUUAUCACAAGUGCGGGAAGAUUCAGGUCAUGGUCGAAUACGGGAAGAAUUUUGAUACGAUGAUCUUCAUUUCUUGUCUGACCAUGUAUGAGAAGGAUAAACGGCGGGAUAAUCGCGGGGCUGGCAGCGGCGGCGGGGGCGGGGGGUAG